UUCCGGAACGUUUCCGGAAAGGAACUUGUUUACAACCGUGACCCUCAAAAUCGUAUUCAAGGCCAAACUUGCGGGGAAGGCCAGCUGACAAGUGUACGCCCCCGUGACGUCACGGGUAAUGUUAAACAGUCGGGCGCCCGGCACAUAGGAAAGCUCGUGAUGACAGCCCCCUGGAUGUAUUCGGGCCUCGGGGAAACCAAUCAAUAGACAACACGGCACGUUGAGGCAGUGGAGGCCUGCUGGCUAGGUCUCCAUGGCAACGAUGUCAAAACAAGGACAGUCGUCGACGGUCGUGGCGCACAGUCGACCGGUAUUUUUGGGCGUGUGCAAGCAUUUACUGCCUAUUUAUUGUUUGUAAAUGUGAACUGACGUGAAGGUUAAAUCGGUAUCCUAAUAUCUGCAAGUCACCAACGGGAGACAAGUCGUCAGCGAAUGAGAGAUGUCUCUUCCUAACGUCGUGCGUGGACGCUGCGUGGUCGUCGGUGACAGCACUGCUGGCAAGACCGCACUGGUUCAAGUGUUUCUUUCCGAUGGCUCCGACUUUCCAAAAAACUACAACAUGACGUUCACCGUGGAGCUCCAUCAGAAGCAGGUGCGGAUACCGGACACGGCCGAGUCGGUCGAGCUGUUCAUCUACGACUGCUCCGGCAAGGACAUCUACCGAGACGUUCUUCAGAGCGUGUUGAAUCCAAACCUUGCUAUCAUCGUCUACGAUGUUACGAACGAGAAGUCGUUUCAGGCUGCAUCAGAAUGGCACAAGUUCAUUCGCGAAACAAAGAAGGACAAAACAACUCUGCCAGGGGUGUUGAUGGGGUGUAAGACGGACCUAACGGAAAGACGCCUCAUCAGUCCCAAGGAGGGGAACGAUCUCGCCAACAAGCUGGGCUUCGUGUACAUGGAAUGUUCUGCCAAAGACAACCAAAACAUCGACGACGCGUUCUUCUAUCUUGCAAACGAGUGGCAUAAGAUGUACUCGAAUGGUGUCAAUGCAACCCUCAACGCUGCUUGAGUCGCAGCGCCGAGGCGAACAGCACUCCCAGCUAUUUGUUUGCGCGCAUCCCUGUUUCGGUCGGCUUCUGUCAAUGUUUGACGGUACUGGAAACAACUUAUGGCCAAUUGGGGGGUGGCCACUUUGCCCCGGCCACUUUGCCGGUUGGACAGUUACAAGAAGACGUGACUGUCGUGUUAAGCCACCGGUUCUUGUUUCUCAAUGCCAAUUGAGAAACGAUCAAGUGUCGGUUUUUACCCAACAACUUUUACAUGAGUCGCCCGAAUUUAAGCAUGCGUUGAGAAUGCGCUUGUAAGUUGUUACCCACGUAUGUAGGUAGAUGGUUCCGUGCAUGAAAUGAUUGACACGAGAUGCGCAAAAUACAGCUGAGGCGAUGGGAUCAAAAGGAAUGCAUAUUUGUUAUACUGUGCUAGUAUCAAAUAAACGAGAUGAUAAU